GUUCCUGUUGGCCGGAGCCCAGCGGCGGGUGUGAGAGUCGGUCAGGAGUCGCUUUCAGGAUCCCCAGAUCCGAGAAGCCGGAGUGAGAGCGGCUCCUCAAGAGUUUCUGAUCUAUGAAAUGGCAGAGAAUGGAAAAAAUUGUGACCAGAGACGUGUAGCAAUGAACAAGGAACAAUAUAAUGGAAACUUCACAGACCCCUCUUCAGUGAAUGAAAAGAAGAGGAGGGAUAGAGAAGAAAGAAAGAAUAUUGUCCUGUGGAGGCAGCCACUCAUUACCUUGCAGUAUUUUUCUCUGGAAACCCUAGUAAUCUUGAAGGAAUGGACCUCAAAAUUAUGGCAUCGUCAAAGCAUUGUGGUGUCUUUUUUACUGCUGCUUGCUGUGCUUACAGCUAUGUAUUAUGUUGAAGGAGCACAUCAACAGUAUGUGCAACGUAUAGAGAAACAGUUUCUUUUGUAUGCCUACUGGAUAGGCUUAGGAAUUUUGUCUUCUGUUGGGCUUGGAACAGGGCUGCACACCUUUCUGCUUUAUCUGGGUCCACAUAUAGCUUCAGUUACAUUAGCUGCUUAUGAGUGCAAUUCAGUUAAUUUCCCUGAACCACCUUAUCCUGAUCAGAUUAUUUGCCCAGAUGAAGAGGGCACCGAAGGAGCCAUUUCUUUAUGGAGCAUCAUCUCAAAAGUUAGGAUUGAGGCCUGCAUGUGGGGUAUCGGUACAGCAAUUGGAGAGCUACCUCCAUAUUUCAUGGCCAGGGCAGCUCGCCUCUCAGGUGCUGAACCAGAUGAUGAAGAGUAUCAGGAAUUUGAAGAAAUGCUGGAACAUGCAGAGACUGUACAAGAUUUCGCCUCCCGGGCUAAACUGGCAGUUCAAAAUUUAGUACAGAAGGUUGGAUUUUUUGGAAUUUUGGCCUGUGCUUCAAUUCCAAAUCCUUUGUUUGAUCUGGCUGGAAUAACAUGUGGACACUUUCUUGUACCUUUUUGGACUUUCUUUGGUGCAACCCUGAUUGGAAAAGCAAUAAUUAAAAUGCAUAUCCAGAAAAUCUUCGUUAUCGUAACAUUCAGCAAACACAUAGUGGAGCAGAUGGUGGCUUUCAUUGGUGCUGUCCCCGGCAUAGGUCCAUCUCUGCAGAAGCCAUUCCAGGAAUACCUGGAGGCCCAGCGGCAGAAGCUUCACCACAGAAGCGAAAUGGGCACACUGCAGGGAGAAAACUGGUUGUCCUGGAUGUUUGAGAAGUUGGUUGUUGUAAUGGUGUGUUACUUCAUCCUGUCCAUCAUUAACUCCAUGGCACAAAGUUAUGCCAAACGAAUCCAGCAGCGGUUGGACCCAAAGGAGAAAACCAAAUAAG